AUGAAUUUUCUUUAUGCUUUAGUGUUUUUGACUUAUUCAGUUUCAAGUGAUAUUGAGAUUCUUCGCUAUCCUUCAACAGAUCCUCAGCCAGAUCCAAGAAAAUUCAUAAUUAUGAAUGGUGUCUUUUCACACAACUACUUUAUUUUCUUUGGUGGGUACAAUAACCGUGACGACAUUUACAGUGACAUAUGAAAUUUUGACCUGAGUACCAAGAGGUGGUCUCAAGCAUUUUCUUCAAACGGAAACAACCCCAGUAAGAGCUAUUUAGUUGCAAGAUAUAAUGGGGGAGGCUUCUGAAAUUAUCUGAGAGAUGAGUAUUGCAUAUGAGGCGGAAUGUCGAUAAGAGGUCAGCUCAAUGAUUUAUGAUGCUUCCAUCUAACAGAUUUUUUAUGGAGGGAGGUCGAAGUUUCAGGUGAUUUAAUCAAGCCUCGGUAUAGAAUUGGUUAUACAAACUGAAAUGAGACCAGCACUGUCAUGUUUGCAAUUUUUGGAGGUAUUACGAUUGAGCAUACCAGCUCUGAUCUUUAUAUGUAAUUUUUAUUCAGAAUAAAUACAACUUCUUAUGAAGCUAUUAAGCAGCCUUAUCAAGGAGACCUCCCAGGAGCUCAAGAGGGUGCAAACAUUUUUUAUUCAAAUGGAUGCAUUUAUAUGGUAGGUGGGGUUUCUACUUAUGAUGCAAAUCCAUAUGCUCCGAAAUUUUUUAGAUAUAUAGUCCAAGACAGCUUUUGGCUCACCAUGAGCUUGCAACUUACCAUCCAGCUCGUGGAGUUGGUUUAAAGCCAAAAGUUUUCAAACUCCACGAGUUAACAAAUGGCAAUUGUAUACUCACUUGCCAACUUAAAUCAAUUCACAAGUCAGAGGAAAAUUGAUAGCUAAAGGCGAGCUAAACGCCAUUCCGGGAAAUAACAUUGCUGAUCAAAAAUGGGAAAAUAAAACAAAUCCGACUAAUAUAUAUAAAUUCAGAAAUUAUGCCCAAGCCAGAGUUAAUAAUAAUAUCUUAUAUCUAUUUCCAGGACAAAAAUCAGACCGGUCAGGAAAUGAAAUAAGUAUAUGAGCUGUAUCGCUUCUAGACCCAGAUUUUGCGUGGUAUGAAGUCCAAGUAGCAAACGAUGUAAAUGGCAUUAUAUCACGACAUUCCUAUGGCAUUACCAGAGUAGGAACCGAUCUUUUCAUGUUCGGAGGAGAUAUGAAUGGAGAAGUUAGAAAUGAUUUUGUGAAAUUUAAUCUAUCAUCAAAUCCAUUGAGUUUCACGUAUUUUCCUACUUUUCUUUCGCCAUCUCAAAGACAAUAUCAUUCCUUCACAUUAGUAGGCGGAUAUUUAUACUUGUUUGGAGGGGAUCAUGAAGGGACAAAAUUGAAUGACUUAUGAAGAUGGGAUAUAGCGAACGAGCAAUGGCAAGAAAUUACUCCUGGUGGAACAAUACCUGACCCUAGGUCUCAUCAUGCAUGCUCCUCGUAUGGAGAUGUGAUGGCAGUUUUUGGAGGAAUUGGCGAGUUUGGGUACUUGAAUGACGUUUUCCUGUAUAAUUCUUUGACAAAUGUAUGAUAUCAAAUCGAGUCAGCUUCUCAAAUAAUUCCAAGUAUUAGAUCUGGAGCAUGCUUGGAUAUAAAAGACUCCGAGAUUGCAAUAUAUGGAGGAAAAACGCGAUCUGGGCUUUCAGAUGAAUUAUGGAUUUUAGAUUUAGGUUCCCAGCUUUUCACCCUAGUAGACAGUGAUAACUCAAAUGGUCCAGGUCCUCUUUAUCUGUCUUCAUGCAGAUUUUCAUCUGAUCAUCCUCAUAUAUUUUACGUAACCAACGGAAUAACUACAACUGAAGAUCCAUCAAAUGGAUUUUACAGUUUUAACCUCACCAAAUCUAAAUGAACAAAAAUAUAUCAUGGCCCUACUAAUUCAUUAUAUGAUAGAGCCGAUAUCAAGACUUUUAAAGUUAGAAGCAGGUAUAUCUACAUUGGUGGAGAUAUUUAUAAUACUCCAAGUUACUCUAUUACUUAUUUUAAUACAACCUCAACAGAAUUCGUAAAUUUCGCAGAGCUUCCUGAAUAUAUUUAUGCAGCUGCCCAAACUUAUUUUGGGGACUCAUACUAUACUAAUGGAGGAGGGAAAACAAUAGGAAAUAAUUUGAGAAGAACUAUUCCUACUGGAGUUUUAUUAAAAAUAAAUUUACUUUCAACUUGUGAGGAUUCUUCCAAUUGCGGGUGGAAAUGCAGCCCUGGCUCAUAUUUAUCAGAAAACUCAUGUGUUUCUUGUCCAGCUGGGACCUAUCAGCCUUAUUUUGAAACUACAGAAUGCGAUAAAUGCCCACCUGGAACUUAUUAUUCAGGUACAGCUGCUGUAACAAUAAUUCAAUGUUACCCCUGCAGUGAAGGAACCUAUAGUUCAGAAUAUGGGACAGGAUAUUGCAUAAACUGUCCAGCGAACUCAUAUUGCCCUGCAGGAAGUACAGGCUAUUCGUUUAUAGUUCCUACGUUUUCUGACUCCUCAAUUCAGCCAAAUUUAUUUAAAGAAGGGGAUUCGACUGCAAGCAAUUAUUCUUCAUAUGUAUCCAUAGCAUUAGGAAUUUUUGGAGUUCUUAUUAUAAUUGUCCUCAUAAUUAUCGCUCGAAAUAAAGAUAUUUUAGUAAAAAUUGAUCUCUAUUCUGCACAGCACAAUUAUUUAUUAGAUGUGCCAAUGAUCCUAACAAAAACCAAAGUGGGAGGAUUAUUCUCAGUUAUUUUUAUGAUUUUAGCAAUAAUUGUCAUUGCUUCCACUUUGAUUAAUUUCGCUGAAAACAACACUGUAGAGACAAAAACAUUGGUGCCACUCGUAGUUAUGGACGAAAAAGUCUCGGUUUACAAAACAGAUCUGAACGUUACAUUAACAAUCAUAAAUUAUGGAGGUCCUUGCACUGACGAAAAUAAAUGUGCUGACACGAUAGGCUUUACAUAUGAAUAUUUUUCAGGAGCGUGGGACGAUCCAAAAUGUAAAAGCAACGGUAGAGACUGCGAAGUCUUUCUUUCAUGCAUUGACUGUGUUAUAGACCCAGGUGCUUAUUUACUUUAUGAGUUCACAAAUAGGUCAAGUUUUGCCUCAGGCUUUACUACUAAUGUGACUUCAAACAGCUCAGUUCCUAACUCUGUCAGCAGCUAUAAAACAAGUUUGCUCCCUACAAGUCAAAAAGUAUUCAGAGGUGAGCAAUAUUCUUCGAUGUACUUUGAUCUGACUCCUUCAGUAAUUUUUAUUUAGUAUUACCAAAAUAUGGAUUCAGGGCUCGAUCUCACUGGAUACCACAUUUCGAAAUCUAAAGACUCUGAAAAAGGCACUGAAUAUUUAACCAGCGAGUAAGAUUAAUUUAGGCUUGCAAUGUCUUAUAACUUAUACUUGAAAAUUUUAUUCAACAGAAAUUCCAAUUGUUUGAUUACUACAAGAAGUAGUAAGCAAACCGUUUUGAUUUUAAUAAGUGGACUUCUUGGAUCUGUUUUUGGGGUUAUGGGGGCAAUUGGAGGAGCAAUGUCUUUUACAGAAGGGCAAUUAAAUAAGAUGAAGGAGCGUAAAGAUAGAAUCAGAUUUAGAGAAAGUAUAGCUUAUGGGUCUGAUAUGAUAAAGAGUAGCAUCAACGCAAGCAUUUUUUUAAAAAAGACAUGAGAAGAUGAGCCUACCUCCAAUAAAGGCAUUUAUGAUGAUGAAUUAUUCGAAAUGGAUUUAUCCAAUUUCAGGAGGCAAUCACUUGCUGAUGGAAAAAAUAUACACCAAUAG